CAAUAUGGCAAUAGGUUAAAAAGUCGUAGACUGAAAAUAGCAUAAUCAUAUGAACUAUGGUUCGUCGUCGUUAGUUUUAUCUGUCAAAACAACUUGAAAAUAUACAACAAAGACAAGAUUUAGUUUUUUACCUGUUUAUAUGUUCGUACUUUUCCACCUUAUUAUUUCUGCUUUUCCUAUUUCAACAAUAAACAAAAUUUAAAUAAUAACAUUAGUAAAUUGAUGUAAUGAGUUGAGAGUUGAAACUGUGAAAAUGCAAGAAAAAUUUAGGCAUAAGAUAAAACAACAAUUUCCCGAAUUAGUUGAUUUAAUAAAAAUAAACCCAGAAGUUUUGGCUGAUUAUUUGAUAGAAAAUGGGGCUUUGAAGGAAAGUGAAAAAGAAGUAAUUUUUAAUAAUGAAAGUGAUUACAAACAUAUCACUAGGUUACUGCUCUUCACAGUAAUGAGGAAAAGUGACCGGGUAUAUGAUUGUUUCAUGAAUGGCUUACAACUUUUCGGAGUCAUUCCAGAAAGCACAAUAAAUUCAAGAACAAUUCCAGUUUCUAAUCAAGGAAGUACACAUAAAGAAAUCAUUAGACCUUCCAACUUCUACAAUCGUGUAAAUAAUAAUACCAGUAGAUCAAACGUUAACAACAAUAAUGAAAAACUUGAAGUUGUACCUGCUACCAAAUUCACAGAUGGAGAUAACGAUGAAGUAUAUUAUACUAGAUCAUUAAAAAGAGGUCAGGUGUUGAUUAUCAACAACAGAGAGUUCAAAACUCGCCGACUAAGAAAAGGUUCAGAGCAUGACGUAGAAUGUCUGCAAAGUUUAUUUAAACAAAUGUCUUUCGAUGUUACCGUUCAUACAGAACUGAGUAUAAAUGAAAUGAAAAAUCAAAUAGAGAGAUUUAAAUCAUUUGAUAGUAAUAAAAUUUCUGAUAUAUGUGUAGUGUUUAUCAUGAGCCAUGGAAAGGAAGAAAAAGGGAAAACCUUUGUACUAGAUAAGUCAGAUGAUGGUUUGGAAACGUUUUGGAUUGAAGAACAGUUCAAUAAUGUGAAUUGCGAAACAUUUAUUGGGAAACCCAAACUCAUAUUUUAUCAAAUGUGCAGAGGCAGUCAACACGAUUAUGCAUCUACUCCAGCUACAAAUUAUGGAGAAACAAAUUUGGUUGUAACUGAAGGUUCGGUGGAAACUGACUCUGGACAUAUGCCAGAGCCAGCGCGGAGAAGGGACGAUAUGCUCAUCGGGCAUAGCACCCAACAGGGCUAUAGGUCUCAUAGAGACACACUGCGUGGCACCUGGUUUAUUCAGUUGCUAUGCAAAGUGCUUAUGGAGAAAGCCCAUAAUUCCAACAUAAUCGAGUUGUUGAAUGAAGUGGAUAGGAGGAUGAAGACCUUGAUGAGCCCCGAUUACACUGUUCAAACUCCUAAUAUCACCCUAAAUGGAUUUAAUAAGAAAUUGUAUUUCCACCCAGGAAUAUACGAGGAUAAAGAUGGCAAUAUACAGAAAUUUGUAUAGCUAAUAGUUUAGGUAGAAAAAUAUUAUUAUAUUUUUGUGCAAUUGUUAAUUUUGCAAUAAAUUAUUUUAUACUUUUCAA